GUAGACCCAGUGUUAGUGGGGAACGGAACCAAAAGUCCUCAGGUUGCGCGUUACACCCGGACGUAGUUGUGUGCGACAGUAACGUGGAGAUCUAUUUUCAUUUAGUCAGUAACUCCAAAAUCACUCGUUUUCAUUCAAAUGGCUGCUAAAAGCCAAAUAUGCUCAAUAUGGCUUGGAUCCGAAACUGGAAUAUUAAAAGGGGUGAGUUUAACCAAAAAGCAGGCGUUUAACUUUUGUGAGAUGAGCUGCUUGAGUCGAGAUCAGGAGGGUUGUGUGAUGGCAUGGGGAGACCCUCAAGAAUCAGAGGUGUUAGUGGGCAGUGUGAACGGCACUGUGAAAACUUUCAGCACAGAUAAGGGAAUCUUCACAGCGACCAGAGAGUGUGGAGAUCCUUCACAGGGCAGGUUCACAGGACUGGCUGUCACUGACAGUUCUUUGAUUACAUGUGUGGAGUCAGGACUGCUGAAGGUGUGGAAGGAAGGCAGUACAGAAACAGUUGAGGUAAAUGUUGGAAAUGGAAUAUGCAGAAUGCAACAGAACCCAUCACAGCGCCAUCGUGUGGCUACAGGGGGUAAAGAGAACCCGCUGAGAGUCUGGGAUCUGGAGAGACCAGAUAAGCCAAUAUUCACAGCCAAAAAUGUAGCCCAAGACUGGUUGGAUAUGCGAGUGCCUGUGUGGGUGAGAGACAUUGGCUUCAUCCCAGAUUCAGAUAAAAUAGUCACAUGCACCGGACACCAACAGGUGCGCGUGUAUGACCCCUCGACGCCUCAGAGAAGGCCGGUGUUGGAGGCUCGGUUUGGAGAGUACCCGCUCACUGCGCUCUCUCUUCCUGCCAGCCGGGGCACAGUGGUCGUGGGCAACACUCACGGGGAGCUCGCCAUCCUUGACCUCCGGAAAGGGCUUGUGUGUGGCUGUCUUAAGGGUCUGGCGGGGGCAGUGCGGGGUUUGCAGUGCCAUCCUUCCCUCCCAUUGGUGGCCUCUUGUGGUUUAGAUCGUUUUCUGAGAGUACACAGCCUGGAGGACCGUUCUUUACAGCACAAGGUAUAUCUGAAGUCACGACUCAAUUGUGUGCUGCUGUCUAGCAGAGAACUGGAGUCAUCAAGUGCUGAUGAUAGUGGAGAUGUAGAGGAGGUGAAAGCAGAGGAGGAUGAGGUUUGGGAUACCAUGGAAACAGUGACGGAGAAGACAAAAAAGAGGGCCGCCCAGAAAGACGAAGCAACUGUUACUGGAGUAGAUGGGAAAAAGAAAAGGAAACUAGUGAAAAAGUGAUGUAAAGUAAUUUCUAAUGGACAUUUUUAUCAUUUUAUAUACAGUUUAUGUCAUGUCUUGAGUAAAACUGUAUCAACAGUGGCCAAGAACAAACUUAAACCUGAGAGGCUGUUUAAUAUGGAUAUAUAAUAAUAGGUGCAGGUCAUUUUUUUGGUCCAUUAAGUGAAUUUGAACAUGAAAUAAUCUGAAAUGUGAUACUAAAAUUGCAUUUGAAAUGUCAAAACUCUGCUUAACUGGAACAAGUGAACCAGUUUAUGUAAAAACAAUUUGUCCCGUUAAUCACUUUAUUUCUAUAUUGAACAGAAUUUAAUGAAGAAUCUGUAUACCAUAAACACAGAAUCUUUCAGAAAUAUGUGUUCAUUCAUCAUUUUCUGGCUCAGUUGAAAAUGUAAUGUAACAUUAGAAGUGUGCACUUCAGAAAAUAUUUUCUACAGAAACCCCAGUUAAAAUGGUUUGGCCUGUUAUGUGUUAAAGGCUCUAAAAUACUACUUUAUAUGAAGUUAAAAUUCUUUCCCAAGGCCUAUUUAUAGUAUCCUUUUCACAAUUAAUUUGAUGUGCAUUUUACUGAGAUAAGAAUAUAAUUUUGAAUCUGUGCUGGUCUAAAGACCUUGACUUGACCGUGAAUGACCACACAUACCUGUGCUUGUGUGGGUGUGUGUAUUACACAUUGCGUUAUGCACACUUAAACACACCCUAUUCUAGCCUCUCUGAUAAGAUAAGGGACAUCUUGGUUAGCACUGAAACUGUCGACUUUGUAAAUGAGAACAUUAGUAGCUAAUGACUGAUUUGUGAAGCUGUACAUUUCAAAAACAUUACAUUUGAAAGUACUGUUCUGUUAUAACUAACGAGGAAUCACAUAAAAUUAGAAAAUAAAUUCUGUCCAAGCUUCUUGUAUGGUAAAAUGUACUUUUAGAUCUGAUUAUAGACAGUGAUGUUCAAUGAAUGAAAUGUUGUUUCCAUGUGUAAGCCAUGGCGUUUAGUGCAUCUAAUAACUAAGUGACACCUUCAACGUGACACAUACUUUACCAUGGAAACAUUUUAAAGGAGCUGAAGAGCAAAGGGCAUAAAAUAUAGAGGGGGUGAUGAAGUAUGACAACAUGAACUGAACCCUGAGACCUUGCAGGGUGGAGGGGCAGUAUUCCUGACUGCUGACUUGCACUAAAAAACCAGAAGCGUGGCUUUAUAUGCAGGACGACAGCCUCAAAAUUUCCUGUAUGGUUCUGGUAAAUUUUGAAAGCCAAAAAACAUUGCAUGUUUGUGGUUUGACCCUGUGCUCUAUAACAAGGUCGUAACCACUGGAAAGAUUUCCUUUCCUCUUGAUUUCCUCCUUUAAAGUGAGGGAAAUAGCUGAAAUUAACCCCAGAAACAACCAUCGCAUUACAUUACACAUCAUGAAAUGCAUUUAUCUUACAGGCCUGUAAUUAUUUAAGCAUUUUCCAACAGACUGAGUACAAUGUAAGAUUGUGUGUCUGUUUUUUAAUUAUUAUUAUUUUACUGUAAAUCCAGUCCCAAAACUCUUAUCACUAGAAACACAACAGAUUUCGACCCAAUUACAUCCAGACUUCCCCCUGCCUAGGGUACUAUAUUAUGUGCUUAGAUUGGAGUAUUUUGUCGUGGUACAAUUAAUUGACACGCCAUUCUUGUGUUUGACAAUCGAAAUUCUUUCACACAGUGUGCACUUCUGUGCUCUUUAACCGAACAAUGGCAAUAAUUAACCCUCUCUUAUGAGCAUUUUAUUGUCCUGUUAUAAAGCCUACUUUUUCAUUCUUUGAUCAAUGUUUAGAGUCCAUAGUCUACCGUAAUUUAUCUAUUCUAAUCAUGCAGCAUUACCUCAUGUUGUGCCAUUACCAGUAAUUAAGACGUUGACCUACAUCACACAUUUGCUGAUUUAUAAAUCAAGCCAGUGACUCACAGUAGGUGAAUAUACCAUAUGAAUAUGCAAAAAAU